GCAUCUCAGUGUUAUGUAUCAAUAAGAGUUAGUCAUUUAUUAAUAGUAGGAUUAUUAAAGCAGUAUAUUAUAUUGCCAUCCUUUCAACAAGCAUAGCUCAUUUUUAAAACCGUUCAAUUAAACAUUUGGGCUUUUAACUCAAAGUAGGCUUAAUCAAGAAAUAUAGUAUUAUUGUAUCAAUCAUAAUCAUUCAUAAGAAUGCUAAAAUAAUAGCAAUACAUAAAGUAUUUAAUGGUUAGUUAUUGUGUUGAAUUAGGAUAAAAUUUGUUCGAAUUGUGAUUCAUCUAUAUUCAGUAGGGCUUAUAGAGACUGCUCAGUUGUACUACUAGCGCUCUGGGUGGACUACGGUUGAAGUUCUGUUAUGAUACAAUAUUACAUGAAGCUAUACGAAUUUGUAUUUUUUAUUCAUCAAUACAAUUAUUCCCCAUAUUUGUAGUAUAUAAAACCAAUACAAUUAUGAAAUAAUAGACAACAGUGUAUUAUGCAAUUUCAAAAUCUUAAUACAUGGUAAUUGGUUAAUAUCAUAGGGUAUAGACCUCUAAACUAGGUCUAUGGACUAUGGUUAAUAUAGUGGUAGAAAUGACAUUACCACGUGUGGUAAAUUUAGCAAUUUAUUACACUGUGUGAGUAAUACAAUAAAUUAACACAAACAACAUUUUUAAAAUAAUUGUUAUCACAAACAUUAAACAAAAAGCUCUUUUAACUCUUAAAAUUUAGUAACUGCCUAUUAUGUUUUUAUACUUACUCUUACUAUGGCUGAUAUAAUUAUAAAACAUGGGUUUCAGUCUGUGAACUUUAAUUUUACAUUUCCUAAUAAUAAAGGAGAGAAAUUGGUGAAUAGUGGCCAUGUAUUUAAUGUACAAGAAAUAAAAUCCGUUUUCGGGCAUUCCAAUAUCAUUGGGUAUUGUAUAAGACAAACGUCUGUAACAAAUGAACCAUGGAAAAUUACCCUAGAAGUGGAUAAUAAUCGUGAAGUUAAACACACUUCAUGCAAUUGUCCAGCAGGUGCAAGUGGUAAAUGUAAGCACAUUUGUGCUAUUAUUUAUUAUAUAAACGACGAAGAAGGGCAAUCUAAAACAGAUUUACCCCAACAAUGGGGAAAGCCAUCAAAAGUUGGAGAAAUUAUGUAUAAAAAAGGCAAAACAAUUGAAUCUUUGUUCCCUAAAAAACCACAGCCAUUAAGUAUAAUAGCUAAUUCUACAAGUCAUCAAACUCUUGUUAAUGACUAUAAUAUACUUGAAAUUCCUUGUAGCUUAAGUAUUAUUUUAAAAGAAAAUUUUAUGACUGAUGUUGAAAGAGAGUGUAAAGACUGCCUUUAUUCUAUUAUAGAUAAAAUUGAGUUUGAACAAAUAAUUAGUAUGAAUAAAAUACAUAUAUCAACAAUAUUUUUUAAACAAAAUCAAAAUUCUAAACUUAUUAAGUUGGCAAUGUUUCCAUUACAUUUUUUAGAACAUAACUUUUAUUAUAAAAACAUAUAUUUAACAAAAUCAAAAAUGUUUGAAAUUUUUAUUCAAACUUUAUCUCAGGCAGAAAGUGAACAGUGGAAAAAAGAAAGGGUGUAUCGAUUAUCAGCAAGUGCCAAAGCACACAAGAUUAAAACUCAUAAAAAUUGGACAGUAGAAGGUUUAAAAAAACUAAAUCAAAUAUUUUUUUUAGACAAUAAUUUAGGUAAUAGAGGCAAUAUAAAUGUUAAGUAUGGGAAAGAAACUGAGUCAAUAGCUUUAAAUGAAUUUAAACAAUUGUUUGGAAAAAAAAUAUUGAAAUGUGGAUUAGUUAUUGAUUCUGUAAGACCCUGGAUUUGUGCUAGUCCAGAUGGAAUAAUUUUGAGUGAUACUGGUAUAGUGGAAAGUGUUCUAGAAAUAAAAUGUCCAAUUUCAUGCAAAAAUAAACCCAUCAUAGAAAACGGUAAACCAAACUUAAAAUAUAUUCAAAUAGAUAAAAAUGGAAAACCAGAAUUAAAAAAAAGUUCUAUGUAUUUCACACAAUGCCAAAUGUUAAUUCAUUGUACUGGCUUAAACUCAUGUAUACUAUUUAUUUACAAUAAUAUUGAUCCCAUUUCCAUAAUAAUUGAAAAAGAUGAGUAUUUCAUAGAAUCGUUGUUAGAAAGAAUGACAUAUUAUUAUUUUAAUUUUUAUCUUCAAAAGUUGGUGCAGUAAAUGUAUAAAUACAUUUUUUUUUUUUAACUUUACUAGUUAUGUUUUAAAUUUAUUUUUGUUUUUUGUUUUUUAUGGUUUGAAAGUAUAAUUAAUAUUUUUAUUUGAUUAAAUUUAUAACGAUUAAUGCUAUGUGAUGAUUCUGGAAUGAAUUUCAGUAAUAAUUGAAAAACUUGAAAUGAUGUCCCAGUUAAGCCCUUUAGUUGUGAUUCAUUCAUAACAGAUUCAUAGCCACGAAAUGAUUUAAGUAUUAAUUGCUCUGGAGUGUCCAGACCACAAGACUGAUCUCUAGUUGUAGGCUUACCAAAAGUAUAAGAAUUAAAUGAAUUUGGUAUGGAAACUUGUGUCUUAACAUUAUUGCUAUCAAUGAAACAACAAUCAAAAAUGGAUAAAUCUAUGUCAUCAACUACAAAAGCUGUUUGAGUGCUAACAUUAUGAACAGAUUUUAUAUUAUCAUUACUUAUGUAAGGUUCAAUAGUGACAAUAUUAUUAGUAACAAUUGUGUCAAUAGUAUCAUUAUUUUCUUGGCGGUUACAAUGUCGUUUAUACCUAGCUGCUUGUUGAUGAUUGUUUGAUGAUUUUUUUUUGUAUAUUUCUGGGAAUAUUGUU